AUGUUGAGCCUUUUCUGCGCAUGUUGUAUAUCCCUGAAAGUGUCAAUCAAUGACAUCGAAUAUGAAGGUUCUUCUCUUGAUGAGAUCCUGAAUAAUAAUAGAAUUGAGAAGAAUUCAGUAAAUUCGAUUCAUGUUCUAUCAGGUGAUUUUGACAUGAAAGAAUUUAUUUCGAAAGAGUACUCAAAUCUCACAUCAUUUGAACUCGAAAAUGGCUGUUAUAGCGGUCUAAUUUCAACCAAUAAUUUUGGAAAUUCUAGUUCUCUUAAAAUUAUUAGAAUAUACAGCGAAAUAACAACAGAAAAUAAAUUUUUAUCAAAUAGUACUAAUAUUGAAGAAAUCUGUUUCACAAACUUAAAAAAUGAGACUGUUAAUAAAGACUAUGCAUCGUCAAAUAUUCAAAAUGUAACAUUGAUUGGUCCAACAACAAUUGGGGAUCAUGCAUUUUAUAACUGCAGUAAACUUAUAUCAGUUUCAAUUCCAAAUGCGAUAUCGAUUGGUAAUUUUGCUUUUUCUUAUUGUGAAUCUCUCAUGAAUGCGAAUAUGCCUCAUAUUAAAAUUAUAAAAUGUGCAGGAUUCCUCAAUUGUUUAGUUCUUGAAACAAUUAAUAUUGAAGAAGCGAUAAUGGUUGAUGAAUUAGCAUUCUAUCAAUGCAGGCAUCUAAAGAGUAUAAAUAUACCGCAUCUGUCACAUCUCGCUAAUUCUGUGUUCUAUUGUUGUGCAUUUCUUGAUACGGUUAGGCUUGAAAAUGUCACAACAAUUGACCCAUUUGCAUUUUUCAGCUGUGAAUCCCUCAAGAAUGUAUAUAUCCCACAUCUCACAAAUAUAAGUAACUUCUUAUUUGAUGGUUGUAUUUGGCUUGAAACAAUCAGCUUUGAAGAAGUAACGUCAAUAGGUGUUUCUGCCUUUCAUUUUUGUGUAUCCCUUAAAAAUAUAAAUAUCCCUCAUCUCAAAUCUAUAGGUGAUUUUGGCUUUAUGAAGUGUUCUGCACUAAAAACAAUCGAAUUUAAAGAAUUAACUUAUAUUGGGAAAUCAGCUUUCGAAGGUUGCAAGUCAUUAGAGGAUGUUCACCUAAAUUCAUUGGAAAUUAUUUCAGAUAGUAGUUUCGCUUCAUGUUCAUUAUUAUAUAAAUUAAAUCUAUCAUCUGUAAAAGAAAUAAGGGGCGAUGAAGUCUUUUCAAGUUGUACUAAUUUAAACACUUUGAUAUUAACAGGCUUGGAAAUUGUUAAUUCAAGUUACGGAUAUUUAUUUAUUUUAUGCUCAAAUCUCAAACAUAUUUACUUUGGAAAUAUGCCUCCGAAAACAUUUAGUUCUCACAUUUCGUUUGAGGACAUAAAAAUUGAUGUUCCAUCGUAUGACUCAUGGAAAAACUAUAUACCUCAAUCUAAAAAAAUUUCACCAAACCACUAUAAAUGGUAUGGUUUCAAAUUUUCUUAUCCACCAACAUCGAAUACACCCGAACCAACUUCCAACCCUCCUAAUCAGCAUGGGAAGAAAAUAGUUGUGAUUGUUGUAGUUUCAAUUAUUGUUAUUAUAAUUGCAGUAAUUCCAGUAGUUCUUCUUGCUAAAAAGAAGAAGAAAGAGGAAUCUGAUCUAAAGAUGAACACAAACACUUUUGACCAGAAAUUAAUUGUAUAG